AUGGAGGUUCUUGGUAUAGAAGUACCUGUGUGGGCUGUUCUGACUCUGGUGGCUUUUCUGUUUUACACGGUCAUGAUGAGUCGUGACUACUUCACCUUCUGGAAGAUGGGGAUACCAGGACCUACCCCUCUACCUAUUGUCGGUAACCUGGUGGAAAUAGUUAGACAGGGUCAUCGUACUUUCGACCUGGAAGGGACACGUAAAUAUGGCAAAGUUUUCGGAACUUACGAUAUGAUUAAUCCGAAUCUUGUUGUAGCAGACAAGGAGAUGCUGAGGGAUAUUCUCGUUAAGCAGUUUAAUAACUUUCCAGAUAGACGGACAAUUAAAGACUUCAAUGGAGACAUUGAACACAGCCUUUUUAAUACCAAAGGGGAACACUGGAAACAUGACAGGAGUGUGAUCUCUCCGACAUUUUCAUCUAGAAAACUACGCAAAAUUGUGCCGUUAGUUCAGAAAGCGUGUGACACUUUGCUGAAAACCUGUCGUGAUGCUGUAAGGUGUGGGGACGAUGAUCAAGUAGAAAUGAGAGGAUUAUUUGGUGGUUUCACUAUGGAUGUGAUCAGUUCCACGGCUUUCGGUAUCCAUGUGGAUUCACAGGGCAAUCCAGACGACUUGUUCGUAAAGCAUGCCAAGAAAAUGCUAGACAUCAGUUUUACAACGCCUUGGUUACUCUUCAUUAGUAUAACAUUCGAUGAAAUAUUGGCAAAUGCAGAAAUGAUCUUCGCUGCGGGAUACGAAACUACGGCUAUUACACUAGCAAUGAACGCAUACAACCUCGCUAUGAACCCAGAAUGCCAGGAAAAGCUACGUCAGGAGAUUGAGGAUGAGAUUGGUUUGGAAAGGAUCGACUACGAGAAUAUGCAGAAACUACAGUACCUUGACAUGUGUAUAAGUGAAACACUGCGGAUGUAUCCACCGGUAAUGAGGUUUGAUAGAGUUUGUGUAAAAACUACAAAGGUCAAGGACAUUACAAUACCAGUUGGGAUGACGGUGUCUGUACCUACAUAUGCUAUACUACAUGAUCCAGAUAUUUGGGAAAAACCAGACAAAUUCGAUCCGGAGAGGUAAUGUUAUUGUUUCUCUGAAACUUACCCAUACAUUUCUAAACAAGAUCCAUUGGACUACAUGCCCUUUGGAUACGGUCCACGUAACUUUAUCGGUAUGAGGCUAGCUUUACUGGAAGCAAAAAUGGCAACAACCCAGAUCAUACGCAACUUCCGGUUGUCUGUUGGCAGUAAAACUAACAUUCCACCUAAAAUGGAGGACGCAUUAAUUUUAAAGCCGUCGUACUUAUGGCUAAAGCUUGAGGAAAUACAAUGUCAGUGA